GAAGGCUACGCAAUCAGCGCGUGUUAUUAAUGGUUUGGACACACAGUCGCAGUAACAAGUUGUUGGAGCGGAUUUAUACGGGGAGUGGUUCUGUCAGUGUCAUUGUGUGUAAUACUGCGGAUAUGACACAAGAAGUUCAAGUUAGAAUAAAUGCAGUGUGAACGUAACGCUGCAUUUUGCACUUCCUUUACGUUAACGUUGGACGUUUCGUGGAUUUAUGCCUAACAUUUAGGUUUUUACGCAGCGCUUGGACGUGACGUAUUGCAGCAGGCGAGGUCAUCGAGCCCGUUAAGGACAGUGCGCGCUCCCUGAUUUCCCAUACAGCGCCGGCAAGACGUCUAUGUGCGAGCGCGCCCCGAUCGCCGCAUCACGCGCGCGACCCCCAGACUAGCCUGGUAGGUGCCCUGCGACGUCGUUGCCCAACCUUUUCCUUGUGCUCAGCGCCUCGGUUAUUGGUCAGUUCCUACACCUUAUUGCAGCCUAUUGGAUAGUCCCUACGCGCAAGCUCCUCCCUUUAUCUGUCGCGCGCUCAAGGCUAGACGAAGGGUCAGCAGCAGCCGCGCGUGCCCGCUUAUAGUUUUAUUCUACUGGUCCACCGAAAACCCUCCUCCGCCUUCCAACUUGUCCUAUUGGGUCUUUCCCUUGUCGCGCACGUCCGACAAUUCCGCGCGCCGCGGCGGUUAGAGAGGAGCGAGGCGCGCGACGUUUUCCUCCAUUAUUAUCUCUAUUGGCCUUCCCUCCUCUCUUCGGUAACGUUACUGCACGUACCCCUCCCACCCAGAGGUGGGCACCGUGUGUUUAGCAGAAUUCCGCUUACGGGCUCCGGCUUUGCCUUUGAAAUAUGCUCAAGCAGCAGUCAGCGGCGAGUAGCCGCAAACCGGGUACAGCAGCAUCAACGUCAGGAAAUGGAUCUCCCGGGAGCCCUAAUGGUAACCUCCCCCCGGCUGGCAGCAGGACCCAGGACCGCUCCGGAGCCGGCAGGGGCAGAAACAUUGUAAAGGGACUCCAUUCCCCGGUUUUUGAAGGGGUUUAUAAUAAUUCUCGAAUGCUUCAUUUUUUAACUGCAGUUGUGGGUUCCACGUGUGAUAUUAAGGUGAAAAGUGGUCAUGUUUAUGAAGGGAUUUUCAAAACUUUAAGUUCAAAGUUUGAAUUAGCUGUUGAUGCUGUUCAUAAGAAAACUGACCAACUCGUAGGGCCAAAGAGAGAAGAUAUCAUAGACACUAUGAUAUUCAAGCACUCAGAUGUUGCUCUUGUUCAUUUCCGAAAUGUAGAUUUCAACUAUGCUACUAAAGAUAAAUUUACAGAUUCAGCAAUUGCUAUGAAUUCUAAAGUGAACGGAGAGCACAAAGAGAAGGUACUUAUGCGCUGGGAUGGAGGCGAAAGCAACAAUGAAGAUUAUGACUUGGAAUCCGAUAUGUCCAACGGCUGGGAUCCGAAUGAUAUGUUUAAGUUUAAUGAAGAUAAUUAUGGAAUAAAGACAACAUAUGACAGCAGCCUUUCUAAUUACACGGUACCUUUGGAAAAGGACAACUCUGAAGAGUUUAGGCAAAGAGAAGCACGUGCAGCACAGCUUGCCCGUGAGAUUGAGUCUAGUCCUCAGUACCGAGCACGGAUAGCUAUAGAGAAUGACGACUGCAGGACAGAUGAGGAGAAGCACAGUGCUGUUCAGCGAGGAAACCCUGACCGUGACAGCCCUAAUCUAGGGCCUCGGGAUGGAAAGUAUAUUCCACUACCCCAGCGGGUACGAGAAGGGUCCCGCGGAGGCAUCAGAACCAGUUCUUCUAGAGGAGGAAGACCAGGAAUGGGAUCAAUAACCCCCAGGGGAACGUCACAGCAUUAUCCUGAAGCGAGUUCUAAUCAAUCUUCAGAUCAGAGAGGAAUUAAUGGUGGGCCAUCUCGGAUGUCUCCUAAAGCGCAACGUCCGAUUAGGUGUACAAAGACCAUGCCUUCUCCAACUAGCCGUCCUGUGGAAGCAGCUACUUCCCCCUCAGCUGCCUCUCGUGUCUAUCCUCCUCUUUCUCCGAAGUCUGGUUCUUCGGCAAGUUCCAUGGAUUCUCCUCUAGGAUCCUCAUCCCAGGCAUCGACUCCUGAUUCUCGGCCUGUAGUAGAGUCAACCUUAUCUGCCAAACCACCUUCCCCAAAGAAUGCAGCCCCUCCUGUACAGGCAGAAGGUAAAGAAAUGGCAUCUAAUGUACCAAAGGAGCAAAGUAGGACAUUAGAGCCAACAGCGCCAUGUGAUGUAGUCAAGCAACCUGGCAAAGUUCUUCAAACUGACCAAAAGCGAAAUCAGCUAGAGGAGCUUCGCAAGUUUGGAGCUGAAUUCAGACUGCAGGCAAGCCCAGGCACAGAUUCGUCUGCUGAAACCUUUUCACCCAGGGCAAGAGAUGUGUUGGAGGCUAAAGUUUCCCAGCCAGAUACCGCAACCUCCGAUGCUGCAGAACCCCUGGAUCACUUGCAGAAACUCCCUGAGCCAAUAGAAGAGACCAAGGAGGAGCGGGUUUGUGAAAGCAGCGAACAUCAAGAAGCAGCAGCAAUAACUCUAAGCAAAGCGGAGCCUGAGGAGAAAGAGGAGCAGACCGUAUGCGAUCAAGUAAAGAAGUCUACAUUGAAUCCAAAUGCAAAAGAAUUCAAUCCUUCCAAACCCCUGUUGGCUGUGAACAAAGCAACAAGUACACCAACCUCACCCGGGCCCAGAAACCAUUCCUCCACAACCACCAUCCCAAUGCUGACAGCUGGACAGAGUGGGGUGUACAGCCAGUAUAUUUCCUAUAUUCCACAGAUACACAUGAGUCAAGCUGUGCAGGCUCCUCAGAUGUACCCUUACCCUGUCUCAAACAGUGUUCCAGGUCAGCAGAAGUAUCGAGCAAAAGGUUCCCUCCCUCCUCAGCGCUCAGACCAACCUAACUCUGCACCUCAAAUGAUGCAGGCUGCAGCAGCUGCUGGUCCGCCGCUUGUGGCAGCCACACCGUAUUCCUCCUACAUCUCCUACAGUCCCCAGCAGUUUCCAGGGCAGCCAACAAUGAUGCAGCCAAUGGCUCAUUACCCUUCACAGGUCCGGCACAUCUUGUUUUCCUCCAGUGUUUCCUCCUCGGCAAAGCAAGCGGCAUGGAACACUGUUUGUGAUGCUGUCUUUGCAGUUGGAGCAGUGGACCGGACUGCCGCCUGUGUCAAGCACUGUGUCAGUAACUCGGAUCCCACCAGUAGCAGCUUCUGGAAGUAG